GCAUAAAGUGGGAAAAAGAAAGAAUAAAAAAAAGAAGAAGACCACACCACUUGUGUUGUUGGGGGCGGCUCAUUUACACACGGAGGAAGGCGCGAACUUCGAGGUCGCUUCUCGACGACCAAACCAAACAACCAAACACUCUUCUUCUUCUUCUUCUUCUUCUUCUUCUUCAUUGACAUUGACGGAGUGAAAAGUUCUCAUUUUUAUUUAUUUUAAAAAUCGAUUUUAAUCAUCGUCUCUGUUACUUUCCGAAAAAGUUGGUGUUUUUAUUAACUCUGAAUCACGUUCUAUUGAAUACCCAGAUUUUUUCAACAGCUUACGGUCACGGGUUCUUCGUUUUCGUGCUUGAGAUCAGCAAAAGGGCUUCCCCGUGAUUCCGAGCUGUAAUAAAAGUCGGAAAUGGCGGCUUAUGUUUCUGUUGGAAACAUUCAUGCUUUCUAUCUUGCCGGGCAGGUACACAGGGGACAAAGUUACCGACAAGAUUCUUGGAGUUCUGGUUUUACUUUCAGGACAAGUCCAUUCAAAGUCCCCUUUCCUUGGUCAAGUGGGGUUCCCAAGGCUUUAAAAUCUGAGAGAUGUGGUUGUUACUCUCCUGGUGUUUCCGCCAUCAGUGAGAGCUCAAAACCUUGUGGAAGUAUCAGGGCUGUUUCGGUAUCCUCUUCGACAAAGUAUUAUGAUUUCACUGUGAUUGGAAGUGGAGUGGCCGGUCUGCGUUACGCUUUAGAAGUUGCAAAACAAGGGACAGUUGCAGUGAUUACCAAAGAUGAGCCUCAUGAGAGUAACACAAACUAUGCUCAAGGUGGUGUUAGUGCUGUCUUAUGCCCUUUGGAUUCUGUAGAAAGUCAUAUGCAGGACACAAUGGUCGCCGGUGCUCAUCUUUGUGAUGAGGAAACCGUAAGAGUUGUGUGUACAGAAGGACCUGAAAGGAUCCGUGAACUGAUUGCGAUGGGAGCAUCAUUUGAUCACGGCGAGGAUGGAAACUUGCAUUUGGCAAGAGAAGGUGGUCACUCGCAUCGUAGGAUCGUUCACGCAGCUGAUAUGACAGGAAGAGAGAUUGAGAGAGCUUUACUUGAAGCUGUACUUAACGAUCCCAACAUAUCUGUCUUCAAACACCAUUUUGCAAUCGAUCUGCUCACUUCUCAGGACGGUUUGAGCACAGUUUGUUAUGGUGUUGACACUUUGAAUAUAAAAAAAAAUGAGGUGGUACGAUUUUUAUCGAAGGUGACAUUGCUUGCUUCAGGUGGAGCUGGGCAUAUUUAUCCAUCAACUACAAAUCCUCUGGUGGCUACUGGAGAUGGGAUGGCGAUGGCUCAUCGAGCUCAAGCUGUGAUCUCAAAUAUGGAAUUUGUACAGUUUCAUCCUACUGCCUUAGCCGACGAAGGUCUUCCCAUCAAACCACAAACCGCUAGAGAAAACGCUUUCCUCAUCACCGAGGCCGUUAGAGGUGAUGGUGGCAUCCUCUACAAUCUAGGAAUGGAACGAUUUAUGCCCGUAUACGAUGAGCGAGCUGAGCUUGCUCCAAGAGAUGUGGUAGCAAGAAGCAUUGAUGACCAGCUCAAGAAACGGAAAGAAAAGUAUGUGUUACUUGACAUAAGCCAUAAGCCCAGAGAAAAGAUUCUUGCCCAUUUCCCCAACAUAGCUUCUGAAUGUCUUAAACACGGUCUGGAUAUCACUCGUCAGCCUAUACCGGUUGUCCCUGCAGCUCAUUAUAUGUGUGGAGGAGUUCGUGCUGCUUUACAAGGCGAAACCAAUGUCCUUGGAUUGUUUGUAGCAGGUGAAGUAGCGUGUACCGGUCUCCAUGGGGCAAACCGUCUUGCUAGUAACUCGCUUUUAGAAGCCCUGGUUUUCGCGAGACGGGCUGUUCAGCCUUCAACUGAGCUCAUGAAACGCACAAAACUUGAUCUAAGCGCAUCAGAGAAAUGGACAAGGCCUGUUGUUGCGACAGCUAGAUCGCUAGGAGAUGAAGUACUAUCAAAGAUUAUAGCUUUGACCAAAGAAGUGAGAAGAGAGCUUCAAGAAGUGAUGUGGAAGUACGUUGGUAUCGUCAGAUCGACCAUUCGGCUCAACACCGCUGAGAGGAAAAUCGCAGAGCUAGAAGCGAAAUGGGAAACGUUUUUGUUUGAACAUGGAUGGGAACAGACAGUGGUAGCUCUUGAAGCUUGUGAGAUGAGAAACUUAUUCUGUUGCGCUAAGCUUGUGGUGAGCAGCGCCCUAGCCAGACAUGAAAGCCGUGGUCUUCAUUAUAUGACAGACUAUCCUUUUGUGGAAGAAAGCAAGCGCAUUCCGACAAUUAUUCUCCCGUCUUCUCCUACAACAGCUAGUUGGAGCUCAAGGCGGUUACAGAACAUACGCAGCAGCUCACUUGUUGAUUGUUAAAACUGCAGGAGUUUUGUUCUUAUUUGAAGCCAAUCAAUUCUGUUAGUAUUCAUAUGAAUAAAAUUUGGCAUUCAAAAGAAUACUCUGAUUCUGACACUGUAAUACAAAAGAAAAUAAAGUUUUCAUCUGAGAUAAACAAUCAUUGUGGCAAUUCAUC